AUGCUUUUUUUUUCUCUCAGCACCAACUAAAUUCAAAUACGUUCUUGCUUUUCAAUAGAUUGAGAAUUAAGGGGCAGUAGUACAAUACAGAAAAGAUUUUCCUCUUUUAACAUUCUUUUUACAUUAUUAUAUGCGAGUGCAGGGAUGGCUGGCUUAAUAAAGUGUUUGAAGACUUGAAAGAAAAUAAGAAAUACCUGUAGGAAAUCAUAAGAGCUUUCCUCCUCCUAUGUUGAUGGAUUUCAAUACAAGAAACGGGACUUGUGCAGGAAAGAACUACUCUCUGGUGGUUCUUGCUUUCAUCUUAUUACUUCAACAUCAUCUGUAUACAUUAGUCGAGGCCACAAGUAAAGUGCACAUUGUAUAUUUGGGAGAAAAGAAACAUGAUGAUCCAGCAUCUACAAAGAAGUUUCAUCAUAAAAUUCUGACCAACUUGUUAGGAAGAAGCUGCAUACAGCUCCAUUCUCUAUAGCUAUAAGCAUGGCUUUUCUGGAUUUGCUGCAAGAUUAACAGAAUCUCAAGCAGAAACAAUUGCUGAGUUUCCAGGAGUUGUCCAAGUGAUUCCCAAUCGCAUUCACAAGCUCCAUACAACCAGAAGUUGGGAUUUCAUCGGAAUCCAUCAGCAUUCUCCAGAAAAUCAUUUAACAAGAAGCAUGGGCAAAGGAACUAUAAUUGGAGUAAUAGAUUCAGGUAUUUGGCCAGAGUCUGAAAGUUUCAAGGACGAAGGCAUGGAUCCUAUCCCAUCACAUUGGAAAGGAAUUUGCCAGCAGGGUGAGCUUUUUAACUCCAAAAAUUGCAAUAAGAAACUUAUUGGUGCUCGCUGGUUUGUAAAAGGAGCGCUGGAUGAAUCCAAAACACCAAUUAACAAAACUGAGGGAGAAGACUUUCUGUCACCAAGGGAUGGAAUUGGCCAUGGCACUCAUACAGCUUCUACAGCGGCUGGCUAUUUUGUCAAAAGAGCCAACUAUAGAGGACUAGCUUCAGGAUUAGCUAGAGGAGGAGCGCCUCUUGCUCACUUAGCAAUUUACAAGGCUUGCUGGAGCAAUAGAGGAUGCACUGAUGCUGAUAUUCUUAAAGCAUUUGACAAGGCCAUUCAUGAUGGAGUGGACAUUCUAUCUGUUUCUGUAGGCAAUGAGAUUCCUUUGUUCUCUUAUGUCGAUCUACGUGAUACAAUUGCAAUUGGUUCCUUCCAUGCAACCAUGAAGGGGAUUACAGUUGUUUGCUCAGCUGGAAAUGAUGGCCCUAUCUCGCAGACUAUCGUAAACACUGCACCAUGGCACAUCACUGUUGCAGCCACCAAAAUAGACAGGGCAUUUCCAGCAGCCAUUACACUUGGAAAUAACCAGACUCUUUGGGGUCAAUCUAUUGAUAUUGAAAAGCAUCACCAUGGAUUUGCAGGCCUCACAUACUCUGAACGCAUAGCUAUAGACCCUACAGAUGAUUCAGCCAAGGAUUGUCAGCCUGGAAGUCUCAAUGCAACAUUAGCCUCAGGGAAAAUAGUACUCUGUUUCUCCAUAUCAGAUGAACAAGACAUAGUUUCUGCAUCAGCUACCGUGAAAAAGGCUGGUGGAAUUGGACUAAUAUAUGCACAGUUUCCCAAUGAUGGGCUCGAGCCAUGCAAAAUUCCAUGCAUUAAAGUGGAUUAUGAAGUAGGAACGCAAAUACUUGUCUACAUCAGAAAAGCAAGGUACCCAAUUGCCAAGCUCAGUGAUCCAAUCACCGUUGUUGGAAAAUGGGUCUCUCCACAAGUUGCUACUUUCUCAUCUAGAGGACCUAGUUCCAUGACACCAGCAGUUUUAAAGCCUGACAUAGCGGCACCCGGCGUGGACAUCAUAGCUGCAUUUCGACCGCAUGAGAAAAAACAAAGCAAUGGUUAUGCACUGCUAUCAGGAACUUCAAUGGCAUGUCCUCAUGUGACAGGGAUUGUAGCUCUCAUCAAAUCUGUACAUCAACAUUGGUCUCCUGCAGCAAUAAAAUCAGCUCUAGUCACUACUGCUUCCCAGACUGGAACAGAUGGAACAAGCAUUUCAGCCGAAGGCCCAACUCGCAAGGAAGCUGACCCAUUUGACAUAGGUGGUGGACAUGUUGAUCCCAACAAGGCAAUGGAUCCCGGGCUAAUUUACAAUGCUACUACAAACGACUACAUUCAGUUUCUCUGCUCCCUGGGUUACACUAGUGCAUCACUUACUAGAUUAACCAAGACUACAAUAAACUGCAUAAGAAAAACUGAUGCAAUGAAUCUCAACCUCCCUUCUAUAGCAAUUCCAAACCUGAAAAAGACCGCAACGGUGACAAGAACAGUGACAAAUGUGGGAAACAUUAACUCAAAGUACAAGGCCGUGGUGCAGGCUCCUCGUGGCGUAAAAAUGAGAGUUGAGCCUCAAACUUUAAGUUUCAAUAUAACCACCCAAAUUCUUUCCUACAAAGUUACCUUCUUCUCAACUCAGAAAAUGAAUGGAGGUUACAAGUUCGGGAGCCUAACAUGGACAGACGGUGAGCAUCUCGUCAGGAGUCCAAUAGCCGUUCGUGUGACCGGAUUUGAAUCAUAUACUGAUGUAUGAGAUCUCUAGAAGAACUGCUGAAUAACUAUUUGUGAGAUGAAAAUUUUCUCC